UUAGCUCUUCUGUCUCUGAUCUUGGUUAUAUAUUUCUUUUUUAUUUCGUUGUUAAUAAAUGUUGUAGUUAGUAUUUCUACAAUUUGGUACAAAAAUGUCAUCCUCAAAUGAUUUCAUAAGAAAAGACCUGAAGAUGGUCCAUGGUUAUCCUAUGAUUUAUGCUUUUGUGGACAAUUGGGAGAAUGUUGAACAGUUCCAGAGCAGGCCAGAUGACAUCGUAAUUGUCACAUAUCCCAAAUCAGGUACCACUUGGGUUAGCGAAAUUGUGGACAUGGUUCUAAACGAUGGUGAUGUUGAAAAAUCUAAGCGAGAUUUCAUCACUGCUAAAGUUCCAAUGUUGGAAAUGUCCCUCCCUGGAUUAAGAACAUCAGGUAUAGAACAGUUAAAGAAGAACCCAUCACCUCGUGUUGUGAAAACGCAUCUACCAACUGAUCUUCUUCCUAAAUCUUUCUGGGAGAACAACUGCAAGAUGAUAUAUUUGGCUCGAAACGCCAAGGAUGUUGCAGUAUCAUUUUACCAUUUUGACUUAAUGAAUAAUUUAGAACCCUUUCCUGGAACCUGGGGGGAGUAUCUGGAGAAGUUCAUGACUGGAAAUGUGGCUUAUGGUUCCUGGUUUAAUCAUGUUAAGAGCUGGUGGAAAAAAAAAGAAGAGCAUCCAAUACUUUUCUUAUUCUAUGAAGAUAUGAAAGAGAAUCCAAAGAAGGAAAUUGAAAAGAUUGUUAGAUUUCUAGAGAAGAACUUGAAUGAUGAAAUCUUGGAUAAGAUCAUUCAUCAUACUUCAUUUGAAAAGAUGAAGGACAAUCCACUGGUAAAUUAUACACAUCUGCCAAGCACUGUGAUGGACCAUAGUAAAUCCUCUUUCAUGCGUAAAGGGAUUUCAGGUGACUGGAAGAAUUUCUUCACAGUGGCUCAAAAUGAAAAAUUUGAUAUUAUUUAUAAGAAGGAAAUGUCUGAAACUACACUUCAGUUCCGCACAGAGAUUUAGAGAGUCCUAGUCACAAAUGAAGAACAACCAAUAAUAUUUUAAAGAAGGAUAGUUCUGACUGCUCUAGGUUGCCAAAUAGUUUAAUGAAUCUGAAAAUGUGUUUCAAAGUCUAUAUUUUAGUACCAUUAAUGAAACAAUUUUUACUUUCCAUAGUUUUCAUUUUUGAAAAUAAAUCUCUGUAACUAAAUAUUUUUUAAUAAUGUAAAAUUUCAUGAAAACAACAUGAAAGUGCCAAAGGAACUCAUACCCUUCCUCCUUAACAACAUCCUAUCAACAGAGUCUUAUUUAGACAGAGACAGUUUGGGUAAAGCUAUAUUAUAAAAAAAAACCACUUUGUAAGAGCAUGAAAGGCACAUUCACCACCUUAGAGAUUAGCUCCUGACUAGACAUGAGAAAUGUACACUCAUCUUUUUCACCUCUAAAGAAGCCCAGAAUACCUCC